UCGAAAAAUGCCGGUAACGGAAGUUGGCUCACUGCCAGAGCUCAAUAAUAUUUUGGAGCGUUCCGAUGCGAAUCGUCUCAUAAUUAUCGAUUUUUUCGCUAAUUGGUGUGGCCCGUGCCGUAUGAUUUCUCCGAUUUUCGAGCAAUUUUCCGCGGAAUACGGAAAUGCCACGUUUUUAAAGGUCAAUUGUGACGUGGCAAGAGACAUUGUCCAGCGGUACAACAUCUCCGCAAUGCCGACAUUCAUUUUUUUGAAAAAUCGCCAGCAAGUCGACAUGGUCCGCGGAGCCAAUCAGCAGGCAAUUGCCGAAAAAAUUCGGCAACACUAUUCGCCAACUCCGGCAAAUCCCAACGCGGCUUCUGACUCGGAAAAGCGAUUUUUGGAGCAAUUUGUCAAAUGUUCGAACGUACCGAGAAGCUAUCAGGAUGAGGUGUUCAAGGCUCUGGCGAGAAGUGUUAUGCCUGAGGAGCUGGUGGGAAGAGCCAUGACCGAGGGGCCGAGGGAUGAGAAGGCGAUUUUGAAAGACCUUCUCCACUGGUUUAAAACUCAAUUUUUCACUUGGUUCGACCGUCCAACAUGUCCCAAAUGCACCCUAAAAUGCUCAACCGACGGGCUCCAAGGGACUCCAACUCGGGAAGAGCAAAAAGAGGGCGGAGCCUCACGUGUUGAAGUUUACAUUUGUGAUGGAUGUAAUACGGAAAUGCGAUUCCCGAGAUAUAAUAAUCCGGCGAAAUUGUUGCAGACGAGAACGGGCCGCUGCGGUGAAUGGGCCAAUUGUUUCGGGCUUCUGCUUGCCGCUCUUAAUCUGGAAUCUCGCUUCAUCUACGAUACAACUGAUCACGUAUGGAAUGAGGUCUAUUUGCUCGCCGAGCAACGUUGGUGCCACGUGGAUCCUUGUGAAAAUACUAUGGAUCGACCGUUACUGUAUACCCGUGGAUGGGGAAAGACACUGGGUUACUGUAUUGGAUACGGUAGUGAUCAUGUGGUUGACGUCACUUGGAGAUAUAUUUGGGAUUCCAAAAAAUUGGUAACUCAACGAAAUGAAGUCCGACAGCCGGUUUUUGAGAAUUUCCUCUCAAAAUUAAAUUCCCGCCAAGCGGAAGGUCAAACGGAGCCGAGAAAACGAGAAUUAGCCGUCCGCCGGGUCUGUGAGCUCAUGGAAAUGAUGGCUCAGGAGGCGAAAAAUCACAAAAUCGGCUGGGAGAAGAUUGGCGAUGAUUUGGGUGGAAGAAUUACAGGAUCCGAAGAGUGGCGUCGUGAACGUGGUGAGCUUGGGGAAUCCGGCCCAAAGUUGCUCGCGGAGCCCAUAAAACUGGCCCCGCCCACCGGCCCCGCCCAGAACUACUUGGAAUUCAAUUAUGACGUCAUCACUGACACAUACUCUCAACCGCCUGAAAUUGGAUUUUCAGCUCAAGCUUUUGAGCUGGAAAAUGUGCAGAGAGUCGAGGAAACCGACUGGAAUAUGACAUAUUUGUGUAGGAAACGAGGAGACGCGCCGGGAAAUAUCUCCUGGCAUUUUGAUCUCAAAUCGCUCAAAAAAUCGAUUGAAAAAAUUGAAAUUCGUAUGGCGGGAAUUCAAAAAUUCGAAAAAGGAAAAGCGAUGGCGAUUGCCUGUCUGGGAGAUAGUUGUAUGAGACUCCCCAUCGAUUGCUCAGCGCUAACAAUUGAAGACCCGAAAAAUGCUGAAAUUCUGAAGAUUACUGCAACACUAUCCGGCGGUGAGGGCGCAAUCGGCUUCCAGCAGGCUCAAAUUUUCAGAACCGAGCUUAAGCGUGGCGGAGGAGCAAGAACUGAAAGCUUUUCGGUCAAAAUUUGGAUGAAAAAUUAAGAAAAUUAAAUUAAUGCUUUUUUUCGUUUUAAAUUAUUUUUAUUGUGAUGAUUUUUAAAUGUAAAUUUUAAAAUAAAAUGGGUUUACUUGG